AUGUCAUUCCGGAACUCCUCGCUAAUCUGGCGAACGACUACUAUCGUAACCAGUAUUACACAGGAAUCGGCAGAUCCCUACCAAUUCUUGCUACCAUGGUGGCAACAGACAAUAUUCUUCGUUGCCUGCGCAGCAAUUCUGCUCAUUUCUGCCGGCGGAAACCUUGUCGUCAUCUGGAUAGUUUUGGCCCACAAACGCAUGCGAACGGUCACCAACUAUUUCCUUGUCAACCUGGCUCUGGCGGAUUUCCUCAUCUCUCAGUUAAAUCUUCCGUUUACGUUUCUAUACUUGUUGUAUCAAGACUGGUGGUUUGGAACGUUCUUCUGCAAACUAUCCUGUUUUAUAUCCCCUUGUACCAUCUCUGCAAGUGUCCUCACCUUCAUGGCCAUCGCCGUUGACAGAUACAUAGCGAUUAUAUAUCCCCUUCGACCACGCAUGCCAAAACGUGACGUGGUUUUGACGAUAAUCGUCAUCUGGCUUUUCUCCAUAGCCUUGGCAUUUCCGAACCUUAUUUACUUUGCAACGGCUCCUUAUCCUGCAGGUUCAGUAUGCGAUGUCACAUGGCCAAAGGAAACGGAUCUAGCGUACCACUACCUGCUCCUCGUGCUAAACUACCUGUUUCCACUGCUAACGCUUGUCUCCGCCUACUCGCGCGUUGGACUGGAGUUAUGGGGAAGCAGGGCUAUCGGGGAGGAGACUUCAAUCCAGACAGACAGGGUCAGGUCGAAACGGAAGGUGGUUAAAAUGAUGAUCGUGGUGGUUCUGAUAUUUGCUAUAUGCUGGCUACCAAUGCACACAUACUUUCUACUGACCAGUUACUACAAUUCGAUAACCGAAUACGAAUACAUCCAACAAAUCUACAUCAUAAUCUACCUGAUGGCCAUGAGUAACUCCAUGUAUAAUCCUAUCAUUUAUGGAUGGAUGAAUGCAAGAUUCCGGGAGGGGUUUAUGCACGUGUUUUGUUGGUGCCCGUGUCGCCGUUGCAAGAGGUCAAGGACCCAGAUUCGCUUUCGGCGCACACUCUUUCCCAACGCAGCUAGAGCAAUGUCCGAGAAGUACGGUUCAGAUAGAAACGGUUACUUGAUGCACACAAUGACGGAGUACGUAGACACGGAAUCCUGCAUCACUCGACGCAGUAACAAAAGCCAAAGCACCGUCUGCCGAGGAUCGCCCAGUCGGAUGGAGCAUGCCCUGUAAAUACUCAAUGCGACCAUAGUUGAAUAUUCAACAAAUGCAAAGCACCGUUCGCCUUUUAUCGCCUAGAUGGAAAUUAUUGGUAACUCAUUCUGAUUAGAAAGUAUAGUAUUUUUUAAAUCUUUAAAGUUACUGUUUUCAAAGUAAAUUUGAUUGAUCAACAUCAAAUUAUCGCUGCAUUAAUGAUGUGGCUUAAUUGGACAUUUCACAAUUGUAUCGUGUUUUUUUUGUGUGCCAGUGUAUGCCACUUGUUCAAUGCUUCCUCUUUAUAAAGUAAAGUGCGACUGGUUUUCAUUCAAUUAAUAAAUUGUAUGUUUGUAUACUUUAAUAUAACGUUUAGUUGUAAAUACAAAUGUAGUUUAAUCAUAACUGAUGC